AUGCCCAGUUGUGUUAUAUUGACAAAUAAUGUUUAUUGUGAUGGAGUGUCUACAUUAGAUGAUAUUGUUUCUGUGCCAGACUCAAAUAUUACUAUAAACAAUAUUCUGUCAGAGUCAGUAUCUGUAUCAAGUGAAUCUUCCCUGUUGGAAUCUUCAUCAACAUUUGAAAUUCAGAAGCCUUGUUGUCAGAAGAAAUUAUACUACCCUUUAAUAGAUUCUUCUAUAAUAGAUUAUUUAAAAAUGCAUAAAUUAAGCCAAGACCAUAUAGAGCUAUUUUUUGGAUGUAUAAGAGCUCAAGGUGGGUAUAAUAAUAAUCCAACUUCUAAACAAUUCAUGUCCGCGUAUCGUAAAUUGGUCAUUAAAGUAAAUGAUAUUGAAAGUUUUAAUACAGGAAACUGCAUACCUUUAGACCAUAUCGAUAUAUUGCACUACUCAAGUUCUGAUCCAGUUAAAACAAUUAAUAACAAUGUUUCUAAUAUUUCUUUAAAUUUGGUUAUUCAAGAAGAAAAUCAG